UGCUGACUCUGUGGCUGCUUGCUGCUGCUCUUAAGUAGCUUUGUGGAUAUUGAGUCCUUUUUAAACUCUCUGCAAAGAAAGUGUGUGGGCUUUUGGUUUUUUUUCCCCCCUCCUCCCCUUGAAAGGAAGAAUGAUUCCUGAAAUCAGAGAGCUUUCCUUUUUCCUGGGAUUUUUUCUGCUUUUUAUUGCCUCUGAGAUUGAAGCCAGAGCUCGUCCAGAUAUGUUCUGUGAUUUUAAUGGCAAGAAGUAUGGUCCAGGAGAGAGCUGGCAUCCAUACUUGGAACCUCAGGGGCUGACGUACUGCAUCCGAUGCACCUGUUUGGAGGAUGUGAAUGUGAGCUGUUACCAAAUCCAGUGCCCAGCCCUGCAUUGCGUAAAGCCUGUCACUGACCCGCAGCAAUGCUGCCCUCGCUGUGCAGAGCCGCACACGCCGUCUGGUCUCCGGGCGCCUGUGAAGUCUUGCCAGUACAACGGGACAACCUACCAACCAGGGGAGAUGUUUACCACAAGCGAACUCUUCCCUUCUCGGCAGCCAAAUCAGUGUGCACAGUGCAGCUGCUCCGAAGGCCAGAUUUACUGCAGCUUGGUGACCUGCCCUGAUCUGUUGUGCUCCUCUCCUCUCACUGUGCCAGACUCCUGCUGCCAAGUUUGCCAAGACGGUUCCUAUGAGAAGUCAAUGGAAGAGGAGCCCCUGCAGUUAAACAGAGGUGUUAGACACUCUCAAGACCAGUGCUUGGGGGAUCUGGUGAGCAAGAGAUUGCUUGGCGGGACUGCUUCCACCGUGAUCAGUUCCUCGCUGGAGUUCAUUCCCAGGGGCUUCAAGCCAAAAGGAGGCGGAGCUGGCACUACCGUAAAAUUCAUCUUGAAAGAAAAGCACAAGAAAGCUUGCAUUUACAAUGGGAAGACCUACUCCCAUGGAGAAGUGUGGCAUCCCGUCUUCCGACUAUAUGGAAUCCUACCAUGCAUCCUGUGUACCUGCACGGAUGGGAUCCAGGACUGCCAGAAGGUUACGUGUCCCAAGGAAUAUCCUUGUGAAUAUCCUGAGAAAGUAGAAGGGAAAUGUUGUAAAACAUGUCCAGAUGCCAAAGUCAAGCCCACCGAUGAAAUAAAUAUCCCCCGAUGUGCCAAGGAUCUGAACAGGGUAUUGGUCUACAUGUAUGUGCCACCCGGCUCUGAGAGCCCAAAGGAAGACCUGAGGAAAAUUGCAAUCGAGAAAGACUCUUCUGAAGAGGUGGAAAUUUACAGCUGGAAACUGGUAAAAGGAAUAUUUCAUUUGAUACAGAUCAAGAAGAUCAGGAAACAGGAGUUCAACCCAGAAGCACAGAACUUUAGGCUGAUCACCAGAACAAAUGAAGGUCACUGGAACAACUUCAGAGCCCAAACCUCAGGGCUUAAGAUGACAGAGAAUCCAGAGAAAGAAACAAAGAGCUUGUAAAAAAAAACCCUGAAACAAAUAUAUAGAGAUAUGAAAAAGUUGCAUUAUUAAAUAAACUCGCACAGCAAUAAAAGGAAAAAAAAAACGGAUGCAAACUAAAAACUCAAGCAAUCAAACCAGCGAUGACAACAGAUCUGAGUCUGAAACACGGUGACAACCACGGACGUGACACCCUUUGGAAUGUUCCCAGAGAUGGGUUGGGGGAGCCAACCGCUUAUCUCCUGCUUGUCCAUGAUUUCAGGGGUGUGGAGGAGAAGACAGAAGGGAUGUGCUGUGAAGAGAGAAACUAUGGGCUCUGGUUCCCAGCUGUUUUGUAUUGCUAGCCAGUACCAUGGGCUACCAGUGAACCAGAACAGGAGUCUUGUUCCUUCUACAGUUAUCAUCUUAAAGGAGACCUGCAAAGAGAGAAAAUCGCCAUUAUCGCCAUUGUUUCCUUUGUAAGCAUCGUUGUGAUGUACAAAGCAUUUAAAACACAAACGAUAUUACUUUAGAAAUAUCAGCGCUUGAGUCUAUUUUAGCCGGAAGACUCCUUGGAGGACUGGAGAACUAGUGAUGUUAUAAUCUGAUCAUGGCAAAUCUCCCAGGGAUGUAGCCUCUUUGCAGACUGACCUAGGCCCCAAUUCAGCCAGGAGUUCAAGAACAAACAUUAAUCCUGCGAGUAGUCCCACUUCCUUCAGUGAAACUAUUCAUGUUCUUAAAGUUAGGUGUCAUGCUUCGGUUCCUGGCUGAAUCAGGGUCCUACCUAGGGAUGGCACAGAGGGAAGAGGGCUUUUAAUUUAACUGUUUACAGAGCUUUAUAUAUCCUUUGAUUUACUUACUGCCUAUUUAAUUCAAACUCCAGACAAAGAGGAAGGAGGAAAAACUCUCCUUGUGAAGGAUUCGAACAUCCUUCACCCUCUGUCAAAAACAAAGAACCUUCUACUCCAGUUCUCUCGUCCUCGAAGGCAACCUCCAGCGACAAAAUAGAGACGACAAGAUUUGAUAUUCUUGAUAUUUCUAAGGUGGAAAAGAAGCACAUUUUUUCUGGAAAACUCUAAGAGUGGAAAAGGCUGGACCUCCUUUAUGCACCAUAAAGAAAGAAAUGCAGACCCAACAGAUUAUUUUUUCUCUUUGCAGGUCACACACAUUUACUUUUCGAGGCCAUAUGGUGAUGUAGAGCUCCAGGUUCUAAAGAUUAAAAACCAUUCAUUACACUGCUUAGAAAGUCCCAUGAUAGCGAAGGGCACGAUUCAUCCCUUCUGUAACUGCACCACCUUCGACAGAGUUACCCCAGGGUUGAAUUUGGUCCAAGGUGUGAAUUUCUAACCCAGUGUGUUUGUUCCAUGCUCAUGUUUUUUUAUUCUUCCCAUUGAGAAUUGCAACGGGCCUAGUGCUUUGGUUUGGUUUUAUGAACGGUAGGAAAUUCCCUGCAUAGCUGCCCUCCCAGAUAGACAUUUUCUAGGCAAAGCAUCGGCUAACACAAGGAUGAGCACCUGAUCCUUCACACAGCUUUUGCUCUGGUAAUCCUACAAGAAUGUUUCCCCACCGCUGGCUAACCAGACACCAUUGUUACUCGUUUAUUGUCAAUAGGUUCCUUUAUGCACCUCUCUCACCCCGCUACUCCUCUCUGAGCACACACGUGAUACAGUGCAAACCAUACUCUGCUCUCUAAAUCCAGAACAAACCUACUGAAAUCAAUGGAGCUACUGCAGAUUUACACCAGUGUGGCUUAGAGGAGAAGCAGGACCAUCAUCUGUGCAGUGCCUAGUGGGUGAAGGGGCUUAACAAAAUGAAUGUUACUGAAAUUCCUCUGGGGUUAAGUCCAGACCGUGAGAGGGCAGCAGAAACAGUUCCUUGUAUCCAUCAGCUGGGAGUUUCACAGGGCAGACUGGGACUUAAUCGAUUAGCACAGCCUUCUGCAUGGUAGCCAGAUUUUGAUAUUAAUAAUGCCAGUAUAAAGCCAGAGCAAUGAUACUGGCAGUGUAACAGAGAUCUGAGUCUGGCCUAUUGACUGUAGCUUGUACAUUACCAAAGUCAACGUAGACUCUUGCAUGGAGGAGGCGUCAGGCAAAAAUGUUCAAACUUGAGUGCCUACAGUCGAGCACCCAACUCCAUGGUUAGGUAAAUAAAUGACCUGGUUUUCAGGCGUGCACGGCACCUCUGCUUGCGACUGCAUCCAUGUGAGGGCCACCAGAGUUAGCACUGCGUUAGUCAGAUCAGGCAGGCUCCUAGGUUACUGAGGUUGUCUUCAAUCACCAAAUCCAUCUCAAUGCAGUUCUAAUCCCAACUUCAAAUUCUGGGAAACCAAAGGCAGAUAAAGGCACCAAAAGGAGCGAUAAAUGUCUCAGCACCUACCAGCAAAGCCCUGAAAAAUUCAGCGUUUGCCAACGAUAGUGCUUACUGCUACUAUCGACCGCAUUCUGCUAAAUCCUGAGGUGUGUCUGAUACUGCCAGGUGGUCACUGGGAACCACAAUACCCACCUGAAUGGCUGACAGCAAUUUAGACACCUUCACAGGUUCUUGCUGGCACAUGUUUGCAAAUGAGACAGACAGCACCACCCUGAACCAGCCCCAUAUUUCACCCCCUCAGAGUAUGAGUCUCUGGGAGUUCCAGACCCUGCUUGCCCCUGGCUCCAGGGGAGGAGUAAACUAGACCAGCCUUUCUCCUAGUGCAGGUUACUCCCCCUCCGGGCUGUGCUGGCCAUUGCCCUGGGCAGGGGGAGCCUACUCAUGGGAGAUGGGGAAUUGGGGACCAUCAGUAGCUGCCCUCCCCUCUUGCAGGGUCUGGAGAUGCAGCUAGCCCCCGCCACAGGGGAGCAAGGGGGUGAAUUACACCCUUUUCCUCCCCUGCCUGGGCUCACAGCCAGGCUCACCCCUAAGCCCCGUCAGUUUGCAGGUGGAUGGAGAGCUUGCUUUGCCUGACACACACUAGCUGAGCGUGAAGCCUUGUGCCCAACCUCAGGAGCUGCCUCUGCUCUGAUGGUAACCACAGCGCCAUACUGACGACCUCGGGCACAAGGAGCCUAGUCCUUCCAGUUGCUCAGAGUCAGUUGGAGCUGAGGGUGCUCAGUGCUUCCCGAGAUCGGGCCCAGCGGAAGAAAAUGCUGCAGCGAUGAGGUUUGAAAUGAGGCUUCCUAGCUUCCCACCCCCAUCUCCCAUCCCAGUCAAAAUGGCCUGGAGGUCCCUGCUGCUCUGUCUUAUUUCUUAGAAACUGCUAGGAAACUUUAAGGAAGACUAGAUGGGGCCAGGGAAAUCCUUCCUACCGGGGUGCCCACAGUAUGUGCAGGGGGCUGAUGCAGCCCAUGGUGUCACAUAAAGUGGCACCCAGCCGCGCUCUCCUUGUGGCGGCUGGGUGAGGACUAAGCCGAUCAACAGCAGGUUUGACUCCAAGCAACAAGCCAUUUCUGGUCCUUGAUCCAGGCUGAUCGGGGCAAACGCUAUGGUUGUACUUAUUUUCUAUUGAAACUUUAUGUUAAUUUAUAGGCAAAUUAGGGGGCUGAUCCUGCUCCCACCAAAAUCAAUGGCAAAGCUCCCAGGGAGCCUGGUGAAAUGUCCCGGCCCUUGAUGCCACACAGAUUGGACAUCCUCUCUCGGCUUAUACUUACACAUCAAUGAAAAACAUUUCCUUGCUAACAUAGCCUGCAAAGAUGGAACCUCUGGAGUUCUCAGAGCUCUGGGGCUGAGAUCUGAACAAUGCACUAAGGUAGCUCUUAAACACAUUAUUAUGCCGGCAUAUAUAUAUAUACACGUCUCUCUAUAUAUCUUACAUAGUAUCUACCGACUAUAUUCACAGGAGGGAGCAUCUCCCAAAGGGAAAGCAGAGCCAUUUCUUCUCUGUCCAUACGAGGAUGGUGCGCGGUAGCAUUGAUGUGUACACUGCCUGGCAAUAGCUUUGGGGGAUUUUCAGAUGGUUUGGUAUAAGUAUUUAUCCCUGGGUUUGGUUUUGUUAAAUCUAUUUAUUUGGAGAUCCA